UCUGUGCUGGAAUCAUGGAACUUCCCCUGCUGUGGGCACUGGUGGUGGUGGCAGGUGUGAUUCCAACCCAGGGCGGGAUCCUGAACCUGAACAAGAUGGUCAAGCAAGUGACCGGGAAGAUACCCUUCUUCUCCUACUGGCCCUAUGGCUGUCACUGUGGGCUUGGUGGCAGAGGCCAGCCCAAAGAUGCCUCGGACUGGUGCUGUAAGGUUCACGACUGCUGCUACGCCCACCUGAAGACCCACGGAUGCCGCUUCCACACAGACCAUUACAGUUUUAACUUCUCCCAGGGGGAAGUCCACUGCUCCGACAAGGGGAGCUGGUGUGAGCAGGAGCUGUGUGCCUGUGACAAGGAGGUGGCCUUCUGCUUGAAGCGCAACCUGGACACCUACAACAAGCACCUGCGUUACUACCGACGGUCCCGCUGUGAGGGCCAGGCCCCCAUGUGCUAGGAGAAGCCACCCCCUGCCCUGGUCCUCGGCACCUUGCGCUCUGGAAGUCCCACAGAAUCGCUGACACCCUGGCCCCAGUACCUGGCUUUCCCUGACCUGGGGGACGGGGAUCCCAGCACUCCCCAUGCGCCUCCUGACCUGGCUCCUCCCCACCGAGGCACCAGCCACCUCCUCUGGGGGUGCAUUUGGGUCUCCAGAGAAGCCAAGGCCGGGAACCCCCAAGAAUGCUGUUUGGGCCAAAGCAGCAGAGGUGGAGACAGAUGUCUGGGGGCAGCUGUGGCAGGUCGGUGGUGUGGGACUGGCUCCCUCUCACUGCCCCUCAGCUGUUAUACCCCCAUCUCAUGUCCUCUGAUACUCCUUACAACCCGCAAAGGGCAAUUUUGAACCUUCUGUCCAUGUGAGACUCUCUCUCUUAAAAUCCAAAGGUCCUCCCCUGUCCUAGGAUAAAGCUUCUUUUCAGACCCCACAUCGUCCGGCCCUGUGUCCCUCUCCCUGAAGAGGCUCUGAGGUCCCUUCAUAUGGAGCCCACACCUGUCCUGGACACAGAACUGAG